AGCGAGCAUCUCGAUAUAUUUACGCAAACGGGGAGACCAAGGAGGAACGGUGGCAACGGUCCAGCAGACACGGCGUUACAGAAAUAGAUUUCGGCGGCGAUGCAACGGCUGCCCACGAACGAGCAGCGCCGUUCAAGCCGACACCAGAGACAAGACCCAGUAUCGUGUGGACCAGUUCCCGAGAAAAACCGGAAAAGUCAACCCCGGCGAGGUGUCCCUCAUGAACAAUCCGGGAGCUGAAAAAUGGCGACCAAUGGCCAUAUCGAAUCCAUCCACCAAGUUGCGAAUGGCAAGAUCUAUGCCCCAUUGGGUCAUGGCACAGCAGCAGCAAGCAGAGCAGCAACAUCGUCGGCCCCCGACGCCUCCGAAAAUCCCGCCACCGUCGCUCUCCGGGGACUGUGGAGACCCCGACUACGAGAUCAUUGAGUUUCCGACCCGACCGCAAGCCCAGAAACCUUCGAUGCCCCAAUCGAAUGCUGGUAAGUGCGCCCUGUGCGGCACCGAGAACGUGUUCGCGCGUUGCGACACGUGCAACGAGAACUUCUGCGAGGCCUGCGACGACAUGAACCACAAGCAUCCGAAGCGGAAGGGCCACGUCCGUAGAAGGAUCCUAACCGCUAACGCAAGCAGAAGCAAACCACCACUCCCACCGAAGGGGGAGAACCUGUUGAAUCCUCCACCAGUGCCACCACCGCGGAGGAAUCGCAAGACUUCUCAGGUGGGGAGCUUGAAGCGCAAUUUUUCCAAUGCAAAACCAUCGCUGGAUUCGAGCGCGAGAGUGUCAAAAUCUACGAAUACUUUAAACACGUCUUCCAACGAUGCUUCAGUAUCAGGGACAGACAAAAUGACUACUCUACAGGAGAGAUACAGAAAAUACCAAGAGGUGAUGAGGGCUCAAGAUGCAAAUAGGCGACGACACCCAUCCGCUGAUACGAAGGACACUUUAAGCGGAAGACCACUCAGCGUAGGCAGUCCAAAACCGGCACCACCACUUCCGCCUCCGCCACCACCUAGAACUAUGAUACAAUCAGCCAGCGUUUGCGACUUGACCGCUGCUCAUAUGUGGAACUCAGGAAUGCAUCAGGCCCAAUCAAUGGCACAUCUCGGACCCGGCGGCAUGCCGAUGAUGUGGUACCCACCGGUUAACUCUUGGGAUGUAUCGAUGGGAGGUUCCAAUCUGAGCCUGCAUCAUCCAACCAUGUGGGGAUAUCCCAUGGGCUAUCCGUCAACACAAAUGCUACCUUCGCAUUAUCCGGGAUCUCUUUCUAGAGGGCACAGUCCAGUCAGAAGCGUGAAGUCUAGAAGAUCGAGACCAGCGUCUCCAUCUCCUAGUUUGAAAUCCAGGAAGUCUUAUGCUUCAAGAUCGCGAUCGAGAAGAUCGCCCGGGUCACCAUCGGAUGCGAGUUCUGAGAACUCCGACGAGUCCGAUAUAGACGAUAGACUUUCCCGUGGAUCCAGAAGUAGACGCGGCAGCGUUCCCAGAAGCAUACGACAACGAAGCUAUCACGACGAAGAUACUAGAAGUCUCGUGUCCAGAGGUCGACGAGAAAGAUUAAUGACCGAGGAGAAAGUGAUGAAUGCCGAAGACCAAUGGUCUGAAAGUCCGUCCACUAAACGAUACUCGACAUCCUCGAGAAGCUAUGAUGAAUUUCAAAAGAGCAACACUAUUUCUUCUGGACGACGUUACGAUCACGAUGAUCGUUCGGUUUCCAAGAUGGAUCCUCGACUGGACCGCGUUCAGAAUGGAACUUAUCGCGAUCGCCGAAGGCGAAGUACCGACGACGAAUCCUCUGAUCGAAAAGUUAAUACGCCGAAUCGAGCACGAGUUACGAGUUCAUCUGAUGAUCAUUUCGAGAGAGUGGAGAACGCUUUGAAAAGGGCGUCAUCCCUUCGAAGGGACAUAAUGUUGGAUGAUCUGGAACGAUCUUCUCAUCGCGAUUCUCGUAGAUCGUCCUUUGACAGCGAUAGUCAGAUUAAGAAGAUGCCUUCUCGAGAAGUAACCUCCCCGAAAAGAAUACCUAGAGAAAAAACGCGUCUUCUGGAAAGACAGUCUUCUCAAGGAGGACACUCGGAUCACGCGAAUAAGGACGAGGUUGAAUCACAUUUAACAAGAAAAGAACAACAAAGACAUGAUAUCUCGCGAGAGCGCGAAUUCGUCACGAAAAGAGAGUUGUUCCGGCAAAAGGAUUUUGAUGAUUUAGACCAAACUUCCAACAAACGAAGUUCCGGAAAAUCUUCUUUCGAAUCCGAUAAUCAAAGUAUCAGAAAAACGCCCUCUAAAGAAAUACCGAUAAGAAAGGAGAAGGACAAGGAAGAUUCAGCCUUACCUGAAACAAUAGGUAAUCUUCAAGUUACGGACCGUCAGUCGAAGAAUUCGAUACGAACUGCCGAAGCUCAACAGAAAAGACAGGACAGUACUGAGACGAAACAGCAGCAAACGCGAACGUCUCAAUCUCAGAAGGAGCCAAAGACAGAAAAGAGAGAUACGGUCGGAAGUACAAAUGCAUCAUCCAAGAAAAUCGUACCCGAUGAGACAGUCAUGAUGGAAAUUCCGAAAGAGGAAUGGGCUUGCGAGCAUUGCACUUUCAUCAACAAGAUCAACGAUCGCGUCUGCGUGGUUUGCUGCAAAACGAAGAGUAGCGCUUUGCCACCGAGCAUCUUGAACGAUGACCCCGUGGCCGAGCCGAUUGAGCUGCGAGCACCGAAAAAUGAGAUAUCAAAUAACAUCGGCGAUCCCAAUCACGAUCCCGAGAAGCGGACCAAGAAGAUCUCCAACAGCGAAGAGAGCGGCGACAACGGAUCCGUUAAGAAUAAAGAAGCUAUUGCUCCAGACAAUGAUUCUCUCGAGAAUUCUGAAACUACGAUCACAGCUAUAGUUUCGCAAGCAAAAGAGGCGUCGUUGAAAUCGGUAAACACGACAUCGCCAGUCGAUGGGAAUUUGUCCUCAGAAGCAUCAUCCUCGGUGUUAACAUCUUCUUCGGUUGCGAAUACUUCCAAGGCAGACAAUACGAACACGAUGUCAGAUGAGGAAAAGAUUCGAGGGAAACUUUUGAAGAGCCAUUCGGUAUCUACGGGAACGUCUCCUCCACCGCAGAGCAUCUCGACCCAAACUUACGACUAUCUCCCUGCAAAAGGGACUCUCAGAAGAUCCGCGUCGAUAGCAACGUCAAAGAGUUACUCAUAUUACGAUGAUAGCGAUGGUGAGACGAAGCAUUUGUUUCAGGAACAAGCCGGAUUCGUAAAUAGUCCCGAUUUGUAUCCGCGAGCGUUGCAGGAACAGUAUCUUCAGCAAUUGAUAACCGAUCAUCGAAGCAGAGAGCGGACCAGAAGAAACUCCAUCGACUCGUCCCACCUUUAUUAUCGUUCCAGGGAACCCAGCCAAUCAAGAUACACGGAGGCAGGUUCCAGUACAAGUCAAGCAGUCUCCACAUUGACUCGUCAAGGAUUGGAGAUAGUGGAGCUCCUACGGGAAGCCGAGAAGCAAGGAUUCACGACCGACGAUGUUCAAGUCGCUUUGGCGCAAGGCGCAUCGAAUCCUCUCGAGUGGCUUCAGACGCAGUGGCCGCAUCUGGUGGAGACUGUGCAGGUUUUGGUGAUUGCGCAGGGCAAAGAAUUGAAGCAGAACAGCAUCGGUGUGCUCUCACCGGCCGAGGCGAAAGAGGCCCUACGAUCAGUCAAGGGCGACAUGUGGAAUGCAGUUGCGAUAGCUAUUCAACGCAGGCAGCAGAAAUGCGAACAGAUCAUGGCAAAGGGAAAUUUUACGCUCACAGACGUUAUCAGAGCUCUCGAUAAUAACGCUGGUAUCGAAGAUGCCACUCUGCUUGAGCUGCAAAAGAAUCAGCUCAAGCCCUUUUUAAUGAGGAUUUGGGGUCCUCCGGUCGGGGUGGAAAACGAGGAGGCUGCACCGCACGAAGACGCAACGGGUGCGGUCGGUGGUGGGACAGGGAUUGGUUCCACGGAACAAGUUUCGAAUGUAUCCGAUACGGAAGCGCAGAAGCAGGUAAUGUCACCAAUUGUUGAUCAUUUCGUGGCGUUGCAAGCCGACUUUCAAAAGCAACUGGCAGCCCUCAGAGAACUGACCGAUAACUGGCGACACGAGAAAGAUCCCCCGAACAAAUUGGGUAAUAAUAAGUCUGAUAAUCUGUACGACCACUCUGAUGAGCCCACUGUUCUAAUCGAUGCAAAUCUGGUCCCAAGGGCCGUACAAGCGCUCGACGUAGCGGAGCCAAGCAAUCUUACGAUCACGCGGCAAGAACAGACGACCGUAGAUUCGCGGGAUGACUCAAAGUACUCGUUGAACACUACGAAACCAACAGAAGGCUUGGACCAAGUAGAUGCCGCGUUGCCUAUAGAAAUUCCCGCAUCCACAGUCGAUGAUCUCGCGAAGACAAGUGCAAUGAACUCCUCACAUACGCUUAAAUACCCCUCGAAAAUUGACCAUGCUGAUGAUUCAACUGGAGAAUCAUCGACGAUUGAUGCCGACAAAAGUGUUGUGCAAAUUACUAAAUCCAAUCUGCUAAAAUUCGAUGGUCAGAAGAACUAUGAAGUGAAACAAAUUGUGCAGCUGCACGAAGAGACGAGAGAAACGCAUGCUGACACCUCGCCUACAUCGAUCGAUGAAACUGCAGUAGCGACGGAAGUUACGAAUUUACCGGAGGAACAGGAAAGAUUAUUACCAAAUAACGCCGGAGUUGAAGUAUCCUCAUCACAUAGAACUUCUUCGCUUGACACAACGAAUAAUACGGAACCGGGUCAGUCCUCUUCUACACGUCAGGAAACUUUGAGUGGUCCUGAAAUACCUUCUGAUAUAGCAAGACAGAGCACCGCGAUGGGGAACAGCGAAUCACUCGUCGAAGUUGGGAAGUCUGUAGAAUUGAGCGGAGCACUUCGUACCCCUUCCCCAAAUUCGAGUGUCCCCCAAGGAGCCGAUAUAUUGCCGCAGCAUGCAUCGCGGGACGAAUCCUCAAUCGCGGAUACGGCGAACGUGACGGAGAAAGUACACGCGAGCGCAUCCGAAAGGGAUCUUUCCGCACGGGAGCAAUCUGAUCAGCGUGUCAUAAAGGAAAUCCCCACGCAGAACGAUGACGAGCCGCACAACGUAACGGUGGAAGCUCUGCUGUCUGCCGUGAAAUCACUGCCGGAACAGUUUUUGACGCCGUUCAUAACAGCAAUGCAAAUGCUGUCGCCCGGGAAAGGUGAUGUCAACGAAACUUCCGAUGUGCAACUUAUGAACCAGUUAAAUACUUUACAUAGCAUGAAAAUUGAUGACCAUAAAGUUGACGUGUCUGAGGCCGAAAUCACUGACAGGACGAAAAUUAACGCUCUUCAGAAAUCAAUGGUAACAGAUGUUCCUCCAAAAAUUGAUGCUGAGCAGAAAUCCGUUUCCGCAGCUGUGCUUGAAAACAAAACUGGAUCGCAGUCACUUUCGGAAAAAGAUCAAGAAGAAAAUGUGAAAGACAAGCAAAUCUUGGAAGGGAAUCAUGCUAAAGAAAGUACUGUAGAAAAUGAAGAAACCGAAGAACCUCCGAAAGUUAAGUCAAUAGAAUCGGAAUUAAACGAGAAUUCACAAGUGUCGAACUCGACGCAUAACGAUCCGUCCGCGGAUCUUGGCAAACAAUUGGAAGUCGAAAACGCAAUCGAGGAAAGCUCGGAUGCUUUCAGCUUCGAUUCCGAGUGUUCUGAAGAGGACGAAGACACAGGAACAGCGAAGUACAUUUCUGAUCAUAACUCGGAAUACAAUUCUGUCGAGGAGUUCACGGACGCAGAGUUGUUGUUGGAGAAAACGCUAAAUGAGAUAAGGUCUGAAAUAUCGGAGUCUGACGAACGCACAAGCGAAUCCGAGGAAAGUGAAGCCGUCACUUAUUCGUACGAGACGGAAAGCCACGAUCAUGAUUCUACAUCGUCCGAAGACUCGGUCGAUGAACAGGAGAUUAAGUCGAGUGGAUUGAAAGAUUCGGUGGAAGAUGUAUAUGAAGAAUUAUCGUCCGAAGGGGAAGAGAUGAAUGAACAAGUCAAAACUUUGCAACAAGUUGAAGUGCUUGAUAAAGAGACCGACGUUAUAAUACACAAUGAAAUAAAUGACAAUGAAGCCAUCAUUUCGAACAGAAUGGAAAGUAAUUCUCAGGUUACGCAAAAAGAUAAAGAAAAUAAGUUGAAGGCACCAACUGCUACUACAAUCGUAGAAUUACCUCGGUCGGAAAUAAACUCGGAAAUUAAUGAAAAGAUAUUAGAAAUUUCUCAGAAUCUUAAAGCAGAUUCUAACAUUGCUGUAAUAAAUUCGGCGACAGCAUCUUCAGCGAAUAUCAAGCAGGAUACAAAUUCUAAAGAAAAUAUCCAGUCACAAAUGAAUGACUUGAAGAAGGAUGAGACAAAGCUUGAAGUCGCGAGCAAAAUCGAGCAAAGAGAUCAGUCGACAAUGCAGACCGAUGCGAUAAAGACACUGAGAAUCACGAGUCGUGAGUCACGAGAUAAACGCGUGAAAGUAGGUCGAAGGGUGAGUACGGGUAGUAAAGAGGUCAAAAUCGAGAAAGAUGAUACAUUAAAGGGGGUGGAUCGGGCUCGAGCGCCCAAGAAACGAUUUUCCCUCGUAGCCAGUUUCAUCCGUCGGUUCGAGGGCGAAGAGAAUACCGAAAGGGAAAGCAUCAGGCGCAAGAGACAAGGAUCUCCCAAAACGGAACGGGAGAGAAUAGCGCGUCGUCUCCUGGCAGAGGGUCGAGCUGCGAAUUACGAUGAGGCUGAGGUCGCCGCUAGUUUGCUAACUCUCAAGUUUGGGGACACCGAAGCACUCCAGGCCGCGAAAGAAUGCUCCAGCAUAGAAUCCGCGCUAGCCUUCUUACAGCAGGAGUGUGAGCUGUGCACUGGUCGUUUCGCGAUGAGUCAAAUAGUGUCCAUGCUAAAGUGCGUACAUCGCUGCUGCAACGAAUGUGCGAAGAAUUACUUCACCAUUCAGAUCAGCGACAGGAACAUCACAGAUGCCGUUUGUCCGUAUUGUAAGGAACCUAAUCUCAAGGAUGCGAGCGAAGACGAAGUUCUAGAGUAUUUCAGCAAUUUGGACAUUCAAUUGAAGACCCUGCUGGAUCCACCAAUUCAUGAGCUCUUUCAGAGAAAACUAAGAGAUCGGACUUUGAUGCAGGAUCCAAAUUUUAAGUGGUGUAUUCAGUGUUCAAGCGGAUUUUAUGCCGAUCCUGAUCACAAGCGCUUAAUUUGUCCCGAUUGUCGAUCUGUCACUUGUGCUUUUUGCCGAAGACCAUGGGAAAAACAACAUGAAGGAAUCUCAUGCGAGAAAUUUGCCGCUUGGAAGGACGAGAAUGAUCCCGACAAUCAAGCCGCAGGUUUAGCCAAACAUUUGGCCGACAAUGGCAUCGAUUGUCCUAAAUGCAAGUUUCGUUAUUCGCUGUCUCGAGGAGGUUGCAUGCAUUUCACGUGCAGCCAGUGUAAAUAUGAGUUUUGCUGUGGUUGCGGCAAGGCUUUCAUGAUGGGAGCAAAAUGUGCGGUCAGCCCUUAUUGCGCUAAACUGGGCCUGCACGCCCACCAUCCACGCAACUGCCUCUUCUACCUUCGUGACAAGGAGCCGGCGCAGUUGCAGCAGUUACUCAAAGAAAAUGGUAUCAAUUAUGACAUCGAAGGUCCCGUCGGACAACGCAAAUGCAAGGUGCAACUGCAGAAAGAAACGCCGACCGGGGUCGUGGAUGCUGUAUGCAAUUCCGAUGUUGUCGAGGGUCACGCUGGUUUGUGCAGGCAGCACUACAUUGAAUACUUGGCGGGCCUGGUGCUCAAGGGCAGGCUGGAUCCCGUGGCAAUCUUUGACUUGAACGACGCCAAGCAAGAGUUGCGCCGACGGGGAAAAGUUCCCCCUGCGAAGGACCAGGAAAUGUCCGAGCGGGAUUACCUCGAGGCUUGCAUUCAGGUCGUAAAGCAGGAGAUUCCACUGGAGUGACUGCGGAGGAGAAUCUCGGAAAAAAAAACGGACGCGCGUAUCCGGAGCCAUAAGUGACAAAUCGUAUAUUGUAUAGUGUAUUUAUUUUAUUUGCAUGGACCACAAAGUGAAAAUAAUAUAGGACCACAGCGAAAAUAAUGUAGGAGCAGGAGUAGUGUAAUACGAAUGUCUUAGUUAUAAUGCCAAAAACUUGUUUACCUUUCGAUAUGGUGUGAUUUAUAUGUUAAUUCAACGUCUCAUUCGCAAACAUUCAGCGAGAAGAAAUAGUGUUCAUCUCUACAUGUUCUAUUUGUUAACAACUGAAAAUGUGGAACGAUAUAAUCAACAUUUCUUUACUUCUUGAUAGAUAAAAUAAUUGUUAAUGGGAGUUAUAUUGUAUAAUUGUUUGAAAACACGUUUAUUUCUGCUUUAUAUUACUGUUUUUCAAGAAAUAGACAAUUUAGUUUAAAAACGUA